CUUUUCUCUUUUUUCUUUCAAACUAUAUCAAUGAUUUCAAAUAUAUUCAAAUUAAGGACAGCCUCUACUAUUUCUAAUUUGCUUGCUAGAAAUAGUACGUUUUAUGCUCGUUCUUUGUCUACAUUUGAAAAGCAUCGUUCUGUAUUUGAUACUCUUGGUAUUGAAAAGACAAAUAAUAAAGGCGUCUUUGAUGGAGAAUGGAAAGGUUCUGGUGACAUUGUAGCCUCUUAUAAUCCAGUAAAUAACGAAGUGAUUGGCGAAGUGAUUACUGGUACAACAAAUGAUUUAAAUGUAGCUCUUGACAAGGUGGCUGAAGCACAAAAGAUAUGGAGAGAGAUUCCCGUUCCUAAACGUGGUCAUGUCUUACUUACAAUGAGGAAUGCCCUGGUUGAGCAUUUGGAACCUUUAGGAAAAUUAGUUGCAUUAGAAAUGGGGAAAAUUUUACCUGAAGGAAUUGGUGAAGUUCAAGAAUAUAUUGAUAUUUUAGAAUAUGCCUUGGGUUUAUCUAGAAUGCUUCAAGGUUCUAUCAUUCCAUCUGAAAGACCUGGUCAUGCUAUGUUAGAAACUUGGAAUCCAUUGGGAACUGUAGGUAUCAUUAGUGCCUUUAACUUUCCAGUCGCUGUAUACGGUUGGAAUUGUGCUAUUGCUCUUGUCACAGGAAAUGGUACGCUUUGGAAACCUGCACCUACAACUCCUCUUGUUUCAAUUGCUGUCACACGUAUUAUUGAGAAAGCCUUAAAGCAACAUGAUCUUCCCACUUCUUUAUGUUCUUUAGUUACAGGUGAUGCUCAAGUUGGCCAAGCUUUGGUCGCUGAUAAACGUUCCCAUGUUGUUUCCUUUACUGGUUCAACUCAUGUUGGUAGACAGGUUGGCAAAGUAGUUCAAGAACGAUUUGGUCGCUCCAUUUUAGAACUUGGCGGUAAUAAUGCUCUCAUCGUCACGGAUGAAUGUGAUUUAGAUUUAGCUGCUAGAGCCGUUUUGUUUGCUGCCGUCGGUACAGCAGGUCAACGUUGUACUACUACGCGUCGUUUAAUUGUACAUGAGUCUGUCUAUGAUCCUCUCAUUGAAAAAUUGAAAAAGGCUUAUCAACAAGUUAAAGUAGGUGAUCCUCUAGAAGAAGGUGUCCUGUGUGGUCCACUUCAUACAAAGGAAGCUGUUCAUGUCUAUACGAAUACAUUAAAUAAACUAAAGGAAGAAGGAGGAGAGAUUAUCGUAGGGGGUCGUGUAUUAGACCAUGGCUCCUUAAAAUCUGGUAACUUUGUAGAGCCUACAAUGACUAGAGUACGUCCUGAUAUGAAGAUUGUUCAAAAUGAAUCUUUCGUUCCUAUUCUUCAUACCAUGACCUAUAAGACUUUAGAAGAAGCUAUUUAUUUUAACAAUAAUGUAGCUCAGGGAUUAUCAAGCUCUAUAUUUACAAAUAAUCCUUCUACUAUUUUCAAAUGGAUUGGUCCCUCUGGCUCUGACUGUGGUAUUAUUAAUGUUAAUAUUCCUACAAACGGAGCUGAAAUUGGUGGUGCCUUUGGUGGUGAAAAGGAAACAGGAGGGGGUAGAGAAAGUGGUAGUGACAGUUGGAAACAAUAUUGUAGACGUGGUACUUGUACUAUUAAUUAUUCUGGUGCUCUUCCUUUAGCUCAAGGUAUUAACUUUGGUUAAAAAGAAAACUUUGAUUUUCUUGUCAGAUGGAAAAAAAUAAAAUAAAAUAGAUGACAUAUGUUUGUGUAUAAUUCAUUAUAUACUACAUAAAAUAAAAAUAAACAGAUGUAGAUUUUUAUUUAUUUA